AAAAAAAAAAUCGAAAUUGUAUGAACCCAACCAAAACCCUAAUUCAGUAAAAAUGCCCAAAUCAGAAUCCGAAGAAAAAGCAUCAUCAUCUUCAUCAGAAGAGGGAACCGAUAAUGAAGCGGCGAAAGGAAACGGCGGCGGCCGGAGAAAUCAAGAUGAAAAGCUACCGGACUAUGAAAUGCAGAGGCUGAAUAGAAUCGAAGAGAAUAAUAAAAGAAUGGAAGCUUUGGGGCUGCGUAAAAUGGCGAAUUCCUUCAUGGGAACUAUUCAGAAAUCGCAGACUGUGAAAAAGGGGAAGAAAAAAGUGUGUGAUGAAGAAGAUGAAGAAUAUAAUCCAACCCAAGAGGAUGAGGACGAAGAUUCUUCAUCGUCUGAGAAGAACGAGGUGAAGAGAAACACUUCUACUUCUAAGAAACGAGGCCCUACACAAAAACCCACUCCCGAUUCAGAUUUUGUGGACGACGAUGAUGCUUUGAUGCAGGCAAUUGCUCUAUCCCUGCAGGAUUCUGCAGGGUUUUUAGAUGUAAAAAGCAGCACACUUCCUCGAAAAAAUCCCUGCAUUUCAGAUGAUUCUGGAAAGAGGAAGAAAAAGAAAUUGGGUAAACAGAUUACCAGUCGAGUGCAAAUGACCGAAGAUGAAAUGCUUAUACACUUCUUCCAGUUUGAUGAAACUGGGAAAGGGGGCAUCACUCUCAGAGAUAUACAGAGACUAGCCACAGCACAUGAUUUUACAUGGUCGGAAAAAGAAUUGGCCGAUAUGAUAUUUUGCUUUGACAACGAUGGAGAUGGAAAGAUAAGCUUUGAUGACUUCCGGAAGAUUGUCGGUAGAUGCAACAUGCUAAAAGUUUGUGAUGAUGGUGGAAAUGGUUACUAAGCAAGGAUCAUGAAGAACUUCUCCGUCGUCAUUGAAGCCUCACGAAUUUCUCUAACUAUAUAUAUCAUUAUAUGUAUAUACUUUUAUAGUUCCUCCUGUUUUUAACAUCGGCGAAUUCACCAGAACAAGAAUUUCAGAAACAUGUACAAUGACGGGGAGAAAUAAAAGUAAACGAAAAACCAUGAUUCCAUAAA